AUGGACGCUGCACCCACCACUCCAGCUGUGCCGGUGCCGCCAACGGACAUGUCAACUGCAGACGUGCAGAUGAAGGACGAGACUACCGUAGAGGACAAGGUCACUGAGAAUGUUCAGUUAACCGAAACCGGUGAAUCAGGCGCGGGUGAAGUACUAGGACAUGAAGCAACCCCGAACCCAGAUGGACCCUGUACUACAAGCGAAGAGGUUCCAAUGACCAUAAUCGCCUCGGACAGCGGCAAGGAAGUACAAAAAUCUAACUCGGACCCGCUUCCUGACGUCAACAGACCUCAAGACACCAUUAUUAUUACUAGAGAUAUUAGUAUCCCACCAAUAUCACGUCCACAGUCUCCAUCAAUGCCACCUCCAUCACGUCCUGCUUCACGUCUACCACCAAUGGGUUCAUUCCAAGUCCCUUCUCAGCCUUUGCUAGAUCGUCCUCUCAAUGUCACAGAUGCUUUGGGCUACCUUGAUGCUGUCAAAGUACAGUUCCAUGACCAGCCAGAUGUUUACAACCACUUCCUUGACAUUAUGAAAGACUUUAAGAGUGGACUCAUCGAUACACCAGGCGUUAUAAAACGCGUCUCCCAUCUUUUUAAUGGUCACCCUUUCCUUAUCCAGGGCUUCAACACUUUCCUCCCUGUCGGUUAUCGUAUCGAGUGCUCCACCGACCCACAACAGUCCUCUUUUAUCACUGUCACCACGCCUACAGGAACAAUGCUCCAGUCCACCCGUGACGAUUCUUGGCCUUCUGCUCCUCCAGUUCCUCCAGCUACCGUAUUGGUUGAACCCGACGCAAAUAUGUACGGCAGUCUCGACAGCUCCGCUAUAGAACCAGCCGUUCAGUAUGUCCAAAAGAUAAAGCAACGCUGCGACGAGGCCACGUAUCGCCGAUUUCUAGAAAUUCUCGGCAAGUACCAUAACACCACCGACGCCCGCGAAGUGUCAGCUGAAAUUGCCCGUCUUUUCAAAGACGAUCCUGAUUUGCGUGCCGACUUUAGGAUUUUUAUGCCUGAGAAGAGCCAGGCUCUUUUUGAUGAAGCAGAAGAAAGCUAUCUCACUGCGCCAACAGGACGCCGCACGCGCUCAAACACGCCCCUAGAUGGCAAGCCUGUCCGCCGUCGCACAGACCCCCAACCUCUCAUCGAACCCUCUGUCCCUCAAAAACGCAAGCGUAAGGCCAACGAACGGGACACUGUCUCCACCGCACCCAAAGCUCCCUCCAAGCGUGCGCUGGGGAACCGAGACACUUACAAUGAGUUUUUGAAGCUCGUAAAUCUCUUCACCCAGGAGCUUAUAGAUACUGCACGUCUCGUCCGUGAAGCACGGAAUUUCCUGGGAGAUGCCGAGUUAAUGCGCCAGUUUAGGGAGAUUCUUGGCUGGGAUGAUAGGCGCGAGAGGGAGCGGUGGGUGUUGGAGGAGAGUCAGCAGCAGCAGACUUGGGCGAGGGCACAAGGCCAGGGAGGCCCUUUGAUCGUCCCAAUCCGCCCAGGCAGAGUAAAUGCAGGGCUCCAACAAGGAAGCUACCGCCGAAUGCCAGCCAGCGAAGCCAACGUCAGCUGCGCAGGGCGCGACGAGAUGUGCCGCGCAGUCCUCAACGACGAAUGGGUCUCGCACCCAACCUGGUCAUCCGAAGACGCAGGCUUCAUAGCGCACAGGAAAAAUAUCUACGAAGAAGCCCUCCACCGCUCCGAAGAAGAACGCCACGAGUACGAUUUCCACGUCGAAGCAGCUACGCGCACCAUCACCAUUCUCGAGCCUCUCGCUGCCAAAAUCAGCCAACUCCCGCUCGAAGAGCGAUCUGCGUUUAAGCUGAAACCCAAUCUCGGAGGCUCCGGCAAAGCGGUGCACGCACGCGUCAUCAAGAAGAUAUACGGACGCGAAGCUGGAAUGGAUGUUUUGCAAGCGAUGCAAGACGCGCCGGCCCUUGCUAUCCCCGUCGUCCUCAUGCGCCUCAAAGAGAAAGAAGAAGAAUGGAAACGCGCACAGAGGGAGUGGAAUAAAGUAUGGAGGGAAGUAGAUGCCCGGAACGCUUCCCGUGCUUUGGACCACGCAGGGAUUGCAUGUAAAGCCGCGGACAAAAAAGCUCUCUCAGCAAAAGCGCUCGUAGCUCAGAUCGAAGCUGCGCGCGAUGCGCAGGUGAGCCAGCGGGCUGCGCUUGUGGACCCGUUGUUUGCGCGUGCGAGGGUGCGGCAUCAAUUGGCGUACGAGAUCGCGGACACAGGUGUCAUGCAGGAUGCUGUGAAGAUGGCGUUGUCAUUUUUGGAUAGGACGCAAGGGCAGAUCGGAGCUCCUGAGCGAAGACGCGUCGAGGGGUUUUUGCGGACGUUCGUUCCACUGUUUUUCGUUUUGGAUCAAGAAGUGUUUCAUAGGGCAUUUGCGCUCGGGGAAGCGGGGGAAGUUGAGAUGGGGGAGGAUGGGGAUGAUGGGGAAACGGGGAGUGUUUCGAGUGGAAGUGGGGGGAAGAAGAGGAAGGGCGGGGUUUCUUCGGGUGGGGAUUUGAGGAAGAAGUUGUUGAAGAGCGAGCAGGCGAAGUUGACGGGGAGGAAGACGCGUGCGCAGGAAGCCGCGUCCCCGUCUGCGUCUAGACCUGCGUCUCCUGCGAUACCUGAUACAAUGCAGGUAGAUGCCGUGGAGGAGGGGGAACGAGAGCCUGCUGUGCCGUUGCGCAAGGCAUCGAGGAAGAAUGUGUUCUUUGGGAAUACAGUGUUUUAUGUGCUUUUGAGACUUCUUGAGGUAUUAUACGCCAGAUUGCUAUUCUUCAAAAAGCUCAGCGCGCGCAUCGCUAUCGAAGCACCCAAAUCAGCGUCUAAAGCGAAAUCGGUCGCUACGACGCUAGGGAUGCCGUCCCUCGUCGAACUCGCUCAGCUAGACGACCGCGCUACUCAUGCAGAUCAUUUCUAUGAUCUCAUGCUCGAGUCGUGCGAGAGGUUAUUUGAUAAUGAGAUCGAGCAAUAUGUAUUUGAGGAGCAGAUGCGGUAUAUGUUUGGGGUGAAGGAUGCAUACCGGAUAUUUACGAUCGAUAAAGUUAUUGGGUCGUUGAUCAAGCAGGUCCAGAUUGUGUUGGCUGAUUCUAGGAGUCAAGAGCUCUUUGAGCUUUUGAAGCGCGAUCGGGCACUACCAGUGCCGACGAUCCAAGAUCAGCUUAACAGUCGACGAUUCGCGGAAAAUCUGCUUGGACCUGAUGAGAACAUUUUCCGAAUAGAUUGGCUCCCAGACACGAAGAUGAUGACGAUUCAAUUACUCGGGAAAGAUGAUUCGAGGAUAGAUGAUUCAGAGAUGUUGGCGGAGAGGUGGCAGGCGUAUGUGGAUUCGUUCGUGUCGAGUCCUAUCACGGAGGGUAUAUCUCAGUCCCGCGUUAGACGUCCAUUUCUUCGCAAGAACGUCCCUCCAUCAGCUACUGCUAGUACCCCAGCGAAACGAGAGUAUGCGUCCGGACAGUACCGUCUGUUUUUCGUAUCGGGUACGGAGGACUUUUUGUGGCGGAUCCCGUCCAAGGCGGAUUUUGUGACUGCUGAACGGAAGGAGGAGAUGAGACGGGAGCGACGGACUAUGAAGGCAGGGGAGUGGAGUCCUGAUGUUGUGGUGACGAGGGCGAAGGAGCCGACGCCCGUGCAGGCUGUGAAGGAACAGACCCCUGUGUCUGUGUCUGUGUCUGUGUCUGUGUCUGUGUCUGCGCCUGAGCCUGAAAUCGAUGUUCCCGUGCGGCUCGGAGGUAGUGUGACGUGUACACGACCAGUGAAACGAUCUGUUGAUUUAAUUGGACUCGACGGAGUUCUGGAGAAAAUAGUGGCGACCCACCCCAGAAAACAGAGCCGGUAUCCACCAGGUGACCACGCAACAAGUCAGAACACCAUCGAAGGAGUUAUAAUACCCACCAAGAAUGAAGAGACAGAUGCCCAUGCGCGCGCUAAGAUCCAGAUCAGAUGGUUCGGACGUUCAAAUCCAAGCCUAAGCCUUGCGAGGAGAAUCAUCUAA